GGAAGGAUUUGAAAUUCGUGGCGUGCUCAUCAUAAUAAGCAUUUGGUUUUGUGACUUACCGCUGUCGUCCAUGAGAAAGGUAAAAUGAUGAGCAACAUUGAGCCAGGUGAGCUUCAGUGUACCGUGGCAGUGGAACGCUUGAAUGCAGCGGGUCAAGCAAUCAAACGACAGCACAUCCGCAAAGCCACUGUCAUUUUAGGCCGUAACGAGUUUCAGGAAAUCGUUAUGCGUGUCCACGACGGCAAAGCUCCUCAAAACUUCAUGCUGCGUGAUUUCCAGCUUUUUACACGCUUUGCGAAGGACGGUAAAUGUACGGUUAAAUUUGCACCGGAGAACACGCAGGUUCUGAUCUCGGACUGUCCGCCAGAUCGUUUGAAGAUGUUCUUGAAGACACUCAGCAUCAAACACCAGGCAUCCCAAAGCAGCAAGCCUAUGAGUGAUAGAGCUAAAAUACGAGCUGGUCUUCCUCGCGCCUUUGAGACCAUCAGUCCUCUCCAGCUGAAGGAUGUACAGAAAGCAAACGAACUGAGGAGUAAAGUGAAUGCCCCAGUCCAACUCAAAGGACCUGCAGAAAGAUCCGUCAAUAGAAUCCUUGGUGAAAGGCAACAAGUAAAAAGGCCCAGACCUGAUUGUGAUUCUAGUCCGGUUAAAGCACUUCACCCCAAUAAAAAGCCUGCCUUGGUUCUACCUGUGGCACAAAAGCUAAGCAGAGAACAAACUGCAGUUCUGAAUGCAGUCUUGGGUGGCAAGAAUGUGUUUUUCACAGGCAGUGCAGGUACAGGAAAGUCUUUCCUGCUGAAGAGAAUUGUGGGCUCUCUGCCUCCCAAAAGCACUUAUGCAACAGCGAGUACUGGUGUAGCAGCUUGCCACAUUGGAGGGACCACACUGCACAAUUUUGCAGGUAUUGGUUCUGGCUCUGCAUCUCUUGAACAGUGUCUUGAACUUGCGCAACGUCCUGGAGUGUUGCAGCACUGGACAACUUGUAAACAUCUCAUUAUUGAUGAGAUUUCAAUGGUUGAGGCUGAGUUCUUUGACAAACUGGAAGCUAUAGCCAGAUCCAUCAGAAGAUCAACUGAGCCCUUUGGAGGGAUUCAACUGAUAGUGUGUGGAGACUUUCUUCAACUUCCACCUGUAACAAAAGGGAAGGACAAACCUAAUUUUUGUUUUCAGUCUAGAAGCUGGAGGAAGUGUAUCCAUAUGAACAUGGAGCUGACCGAGGUGCGCAGACAAACAGACAAGACCUUCAUCUCUCUCCUGCAGGCUGUGAGAGUGGGCAGAGUCACAGAGGAAGUAACUGCACAGCUACUGAAAAGUGCCUAUCACGGCAUCGAGAGGGAUGGUAUCCUAGCAACCAGGCUGUGCACACACAAGGAUGACGUAGAGCUUACUAAUGAGAAUAAACUCAAACAGUUACCAGGGCCUGUUCGAGUGUUUGAGGCUGUGGACAGUGACCCUAUGCUGGUUCAAACCAUUGACUCUCAGAGUCCAGUAGGUCGGUUGUUACAGCUUAAAGUGGGUGCUCAGGUCAUGCUCACUAAAAACCUGGAUGUCCAAAGAGGUCUUGUGAACGGAGCAAGAGGUGUUGUCGUUGACUUCCUGCCAGGCAGUCAAGGUCUUCCACGAGUGCGAUUCCUCUGCGGAGCUGUCGAGGUAAUGAAGAGAGAGCGUUGGAUGUUUAAAGCUUCAGGGGGGCUUUACCUUAGCCGGCAACAGCUGCCACUCAAACUAGCUUGGGCCAUUUCAAUCCACAAGAGUCAGGGCAUGACUCUGGAUUGCGUGGAGAUUUCCCUGGCACGUGUGUUUGAAAGCGGACAGGCAUACGUUGCACUUUCACGGGCUCGCAGUCUGGAGGGCUUGCGUGUGAUGGACUUUGAUCCACGAGUGGUGCAGGCCAACCAGGAUGUGCUGAUCUUUUAUAAGAAACUGAGGAAGGAGAGGCUCCUUUUGCAGUCCUCAAUGAAUACGUUUGUUGGACAUCACAAUAAGGAGAAUGAUCCUUGGUGAGGAGACAUUGGGGUCCAGUUUUUAUUUGCACUGUGUGCAUGUAUGUAUCAGGAACAUUUGAAAGUUUUUUUUUGUGUAUUUCCUUUCAUAAAUCACGAUUUACCUGCAUGUUUACAUUUUUCAUUUGUUCCAAUUAAUGUAUUUAUUUUUGAAAGAUGCCUAAACCAUGU